AUGAAUUUGGUUGUUCAUCCCGUUAUUCAACGGGCUGUUGAGUUGGCCCAAUCGCAAGUCCAACGACCCAACAUCCCGCACAUCCCGUCAAAGCUCCUCACUGACAGCACGUUCCUUGAGUCUCCACUCGCACGUCAACGCAUAGAUCUAAGCCAUCCAAGGGGUCAACAACUUCUGGCCGAGCUUCGAGAGGGUAUUGGAGGGGAUAGAGGCGCAGAUGAGGAGCAAGGAGGUGGGGGUGAUUAA